AUGGCUUCAGAGUGCCUUGAUUUGCCGAUAGUUCCUGAUACUGCUUCCAGCCGGGUAGAUACCUCUCCGCUCUGGGCCGGUGUCGGUCCCGAGGAGUGGGAUUUCAACUAUGAUCAACCUUUUGGGCCAUCAUCACUACCUGGCUCCUCUGUUGACUGUCCACCGAUGCCUGAUGACGAGUUUUUAAUAGAUUCUGAUCCUACGUUCAACGAUUUGUUUGCAACCGAAGACCCAGUGUUGCAAAUUUCGAACUGGCUCAGUCAAGAAUACUCAAGUGAUGAUGAACCUCGCACUCUACAACAAUCCUUCCAAAAUCAGGAAAAUCCCACAGAUUUUCAUGCCCCUGCAAGAGACCGUACCGCGAGUCCUCGUGUGGCAGACAGCGAAGCAACGGCUGCUCAAUCGCAGAAGCGAUUCUCCACGGCUUCUAUUCGGGUUCUCAACAGAUGGCUUUCGUCUCACACCAACCGCCCUUAUCCUACCGUUGGAGAUGUCGAGAUCAUGCAAAAGCAAUCAGGUCUCAACAAGAAGCAGAUAUUGACAUGGUUCGCCAAUGCCCGGAGGAGGAAGAAACUCUGGACACCAGCCUCUCCGUCAAAAAAUCGAUUACCUUCGGACGCAGCACCACGGGAGAAUUCAUAUGCUAGGCCCCCAACGCCAAUCAUUCAGCAGAUGGACCCUUUCGAACGGUGGAGAAACUCGCCUCCAGAGCAUGAACCUGCCAGUGUUCCUGCUAUAGCGCGCGCAUUGCUGGGGGCUUCGAAUGAUCUUGAAGCACCACCGGACAGUGCGCUAGAAGAUGGGCUAUCACACAGCAUCUCUUCCUCGAUCACCGGGGCGGAGACCUCUCACUCAAGUCAAAGCUCUCACGCCUCGGGAUACUCUCAUUCAUCCGGAGGCUCAACCAGGUUACCUGGAUUUACCAGAAAAAAGAAGCGGCGGGCGUUUGUCGCGAAGACAAUCAAACCUCAAGAAGCAUUAGUGAAGGCUUGUCACCCAUACCAACAUGAAAAGUCACUUCACCUAUCUCUUGAGCAGUGGGAGUGUGCUCCAACCGGUUCACCCACUGUUCGUACACAGUCGGGGCUUGUUUGUGUCUACUGUGGUCUGGCAGAUCCGCAGGAAGCCCACUUCGAUACACAUAAUCACCAUGCUUGUCAGAAACGGCUGAAGGAGGAGCGAAUAUUCUCGCGGAAAGAUCACCUAGGACAACACCUUAGACUUUUACACAACUCUCAAUUUAUGAAGGGAUUGAUGGAAGAGUGGAAAUCAAUGUAUGAGCUGAUACGCUCCCGAUGUGGGUUUUGUGAUCUUGAAAUGGAUACUUGGACCGAAAGAGCCAGCCAUCUAGCUGGACAUUUCAAGGAAGGGAUCACAAUGGCUGAUUGGAAGGGGAGUUGGGGCUUUGACGAAGCUACUCUCGAUAUGGUUGAAAACGGUAUACAACCUUAUCUAAUCGAAUAUGAGCGCAACUCGCCGCUACCAUUUACGACACAACAAGGCACGCCAUAUAGUCCAGGGAACGCUUUCGAGCUCAUCGAGGUUGAACUGGAGUAUUUCUUCACAAACUAUACCGAGACCACUCAUUCUGAGCCCUCAACAGGAAUAUUACACUAUGAAGCGUGUUGUAUUAUCUUCGGGGCUGAAAUUCUCAACCAGGAUUCUACGUCACGGCCGCCUUCUUGGUUACGAGAUUUAUUAGUAUCACCAGAAGAGAUCACCAAGAAGGCGAAAAUGAGACCGAUGAAGAGCGCUGCCAGGUCUCGAAUCACGCCAUUGAAAAUUCACGGCAAGAAUAACAUCUUUGAAGACUGCAAAUUAGAGGGUUCUCUCCAUGGAUAUGUUAAAGAAUUACAGGAAUUCGACGUGGAUCCUGACGACAGUGCCCUUCAGCGACAGGCUUGUAUGAUUAUCAAGGACAUGUCCGGUCCGUCGGAAGUUCUCAGCAAACUGUUGAUCGAUCUAUUAUACGGUUCAACAGUCUGGCUGGCUCAAUUUCGUCUUCGGGUGGGCCUCGGCCCAACAGCAUCAGUCCCUCUCCCACCAAUGUCUGUAGCUAUGCCUGCAGUUGAAGUAGAGCGAGGCCUCACAAACAAUGAUGGAAAUGUGUAUAGAGGCCUCUGGCGACGUCUAAGUCGGUUUGUUCUCAAUUCCAUGUCUCCCUUUAAUCCUAAUAGCCAUACACCAUCAGAUGAAGAGCUCCAGUAUCAAGCACGAUGGAUCAUUUAUGACAGGCAAGUCAAACAAAUAUCCUCAACGGGCAUUGAUUGGCAUUUUCUAAUUUUCGAUGACCCGUGGAAUCAAACUCCUGCUGAUAAUCCGGAUUGGCUUCGAGAGUUCAAGAAAGAAACUGGUCUUUGGGUUCAAGAAUGA